CCGGCCCGCGCGGGGCGGCCACGUAGAGGGCCGCGUCGGAGGCGCUCGCUGACGCUCGGGCGCCAUGGACGACGCCGCGGUCCUCAAACGACGAGGCUACAUCAUGGGCAUCAACUUGGGGGAGGGCUCCUACGCCAAAGUGAAAUCCGCCUACUCCGAGCGCCUCAAGUUCAACGUGGCGGUGAAGAUCAUCGACCGCAGGAAAGCACCCACCGACUUCCUGGAGAAAUUCCUGCCCCGGGAGAUCGAGAUCCUGGCCAUGCUUAACCACCGCUCCAUCAUCAAGACCUACGAGAUCUUCGAGACGUCGGACGGCAAGGUCUACAUCGUCAUGGAGCUGGGCGUGCAGGGCGACCUGCUGGAGUUCAUCAAGGGCCGCGGGGCCCUGCACGAGGAUGACGCCCGCAAGAAGUUCCACCAGCUCUCGUCGGCCAUCAAGUACUGCCACGACCUGGACGUGGUCCACCGCGACCUCAAGUGCGAGAACCUCCUCCUCGACAAGGACUUCAACGUCAAGCUGUCCGACUUCGGCUUCUCCAAGCGCUGCCACCGCGACGACGCCGGGAAGCUCCUGCUCAGCAAGACGUUCUGCGGGUCGGCGGCCUACGCGGCGCCCGAGGUGCUGCAGGGCAUCCCCUACCAGCCCAAGGUGUACGACAUCUGGAGCCUGGGCGUCAUCCUGUACAUCAUGGUGUGCGGCUCCAUGCCCUACGACGACUCCAACAUCAAGCGCAUGCUGCGCGUCCAGAAGGAGCACCGGGUCCACUUCCCGAGGUCCAAGCACCUGACCAGCGAGUGCAAGGACCUCAUCUACCGCAUGCUGCAGCCCGACGUGCACCGGCGGCUGCGGAUCGACGACAUCCUCGGCCACUGCUGGCUGCAGCCCGUGCAGCCCGUGCAGCCCGCCAAGCCCGCCGCCCUGUCCGCCACGGCCCUGCCCAAGGACGGCGAGACCUCCCGGGGCCCACUGGACCAGCUCCGGCUGCCGGAGGUCAGCGUGCAUAAGUCCCCUAGCAAGCUGGAGAGCAUGGUGGGGUCGGCGUCCGCGGACCAAGAGAGAAUCGCUAGGGAGGCCACGGCGAGCCGGGAGACGGCGGCGGCGGCGGCGUCUCAAGAGACGGCAGCCCAGAAGACGGUGGCCCAAGAGGCGGCGGCGGCGGCAUCCCGGCCCUUGGAGAUUCCGGGCUCCUGUAAGCUACAGCCUGAGACCCCCAAGAGGGACAGCCACUCGUUGCCCAGGGUGCCCAAAGACCCCCGGGAGCCCAGUGACCCACCGCCGCCGCCGGGCCCCUGAGCCCCCGAACGGAGCCGGGCUGGCCCCGCCCCGCCGGACCAGCCCCUCCGGGUGCCGCGGGGGCUCAGGGUCCGCGAGUCACAGCUAUUUUUGUCCCCCCUUUCUCGCGUCCCUCCCUUCCCCUCGGGUGAGAGCCUACGGCCCAACAAUAAAGCAGGAACUCGGAGCACAGAGAGGGCUGACGACUUGA